AUGUCGGGUUUGCGAGAGUCGCUAACAGCUGCCGAUGCGAUGCUUUUCAAAGAGGAAGCACUAACGCCGAUAUUCUGUAAACCAAAGCUAUUACCCCUAAAGACCGUUACAACCCAAAAACUGGACUCCAUGCAGAAGGAGGCGGUGAAACGCGCUAAAGCAGCAGAAGAGGUACCCUCAGAUCCUACCCCAAGUGGUGAAACGAAGGCGGAUAUCUGGACAGCAGACGACUGA